AUGUCCGAGGACAAGUCCGACGCCGUUGUUGCUGUUGCUGCGGCGACCACGAUCGUGGCGGAGGCACCCGCCGCUCCGCCGGCUGCUGGCUCGCAGCGCAAGUUCGGGCCAAAGUGGGAGAUCAAGUAUGCGGUGGCCGUCACGGAACGCGACGCGCUGACGCAGCUGCCCACGAAGGCCGUGUGCCUGCUGUGCCAGGCCUUCGAGCGGGAGGAGAUCGUCGGUGCCAAGCGGAAGAAGACCAAUCGUGUCCGCACCUUCACGGAGCCGUGGCGACCCGACAACAUGAAGCGUCACAUGGAGCAGCAGCACCCGCAGCGUUGGGAGGAGUACCAGAACCUCGGGGACGGCGAGAAGCGCGCGUACUUCUCCAGCGGCCGGGCGGCCCGCGAAGAUCUGAUGAUGCCAGUGGCUAGCGGAGACGUGGCUGUGGCCCCGAUGGUCAGUGAUCCGAACCCGAGCGUCGAGGCUCAUGCAGCCGCUGCUCAGUCUCGCACGUACCUUAUUGACAGAGACAUCGUGGAGGAGCUUAUUGCUGGCGUCCUGUUUCAGACCACAAACAACGAGUAUCGCAAUGCGUGGAAUGUGCCGGUGAUGUUCUCACUACUGGAAGGAGCAGAUGCAGGGUCUGGAGAAAUUGACAUGAACGAGUCGCGUUAUGUGGCGCGGGUGGACUCGCUUCUGAAGUUUAACAUGUGCUUGAAAUACGUGGGUAUGGGGAUAGCGCUCAACCAAGUUGUGCCGCUUUUUCAGAAGACGGCGGAGGAAACAGGAAUGGAUAAGAGUCUCGGAGGAUCGAGCUUUACGGAGCAGCAGUUGGCGUGCUUGUGUCGUGUGGCUUGUGCCGUCAACUUGCAGACACUGAAGGACUCGCUACGCGCAGUGUGGGCGUUUGCGAUUGCAAUUGAAAAGGGGAAAAAUGCUGGCUCGCCGUAUUUGGACGUUCACGUACGGUUUGAACGCAAUGGACAACUCCACGAUUUUCACUUGGUCUCGGUCCCUGUUCGAGAGGACUCAUCUCAGAUCAUCGCUCACCAGUGCGACGCGAUUAUCAAAUGUUUCGAUGUUGUGGCGCCAGGGUGGAGGACGCAACUGAUAGGCGUCUCUACCAGCGAGCCGUUAGCAAAAAUGCCUUCGAGCGCACGAGCUCUGAUGGGUAGUUUGUCCCGCGAGUGCGUGGCCCCCUUUUAUUCUGAGUGGGAAGUCGUGCAGCAGCUCGAGCGAACAAUUCAGGAAACGUUCGAUGGCCUCUGCAAUGAGCGCUUCGUGGCUGCUCUGACGGUGUUGACUGGGCACUUUCGACGACAGCGCGCUCUUAUUCGUGAAAUGAAUGGAGAAAUGUGCCCAAAAUUUGAGGAAGGCAGGUGGCGAUCGAUAGCGAAGGUAUUGAAAUGGUUUGCGGAACAUCGUGCGCGUUUAACCAAGUUUGUCCAAGACGCUCAGUUACCAGGGGCUCCUGGGAAAGAAUGGUGGGUCACAAUCUUGGCUGCGAGCAGUGUUGUGGACCGUGUAAAUGUGGCUUUGAAUUCAUUGUGCGAGCCGGCUACUGCGCUGAGUUUCUCCCGACGCGAGUGUCUGGGUAAGCUUGUGACAGAUGUCGCUUUGAUGAGCGGCGCAUUAGGGCCAUUAUCUGCUCCACAGCGACUUUCGAUGGCUCAAAGUAAUAAUUUCGAAGUGGGUGACUUUGCGCUGAGUCGAGAGGCAACCUUCUCAUUUCUGAAAGAGCAAGGCAGCUUCGCGAUAGAAGCGGUAGAUGAACUGGAGGAAAACUUUUCAACGUGCUGUCAAGCUGCUGUGGAGACUACUGCCAUUUUCGUGCUUUCUCUUAUUAGUAAAGUGCACCAAAUGGCUCCCCAUUGUAGCCAGAACGGUAGCCUCACGUCAAACUCCAGUGCUAGCCUCCCCCCGUUCCUCCCAGCGACGUUGUGUAAGUCACGGAGUCAAGACUUUGUGGUCCAGUUGCAGAUUCAAAGUGUGCGUCUGCAGCAGCAUUUUUCGGCGGAUCAGAUUGAGCAGAUUGAAGACCAACACCGUGUUCUGCGAACGGCCUACCGACUAGACGAGAGCGUGAGCCAGCAGAUUAGUGUGCUGUCCAAAGCCAGUUCUUUCAGAGAGGCAUGGAGCGAUGGCCGUUUCGGAGGCAACGAUUGCCGCCUUCUUCGCAAGUUUUGUGGGGCAAUUGCGUGUGCUGCUACAGACCCCAUCGUGGUGAAAAGUUCGACCGAGUUUUCCCUGAUCAAUUGGCGAAGGAGCCCCUUUGGCCUCUCGCUUGUGGACUUUUUGCUGGAAGCUGCGUUACAUGCCCGGCAGUAUAGUGAUCUCUCGCGCUUGCGUGAGUGAUGAGGACAUAAUGAGUAAUACUGAAGUAUGCUUGAGGUGGCUUCGAGCACGUAAGCGAACCAGUUAAGUAAAUGGACAGCAAGUUCGUGCGGAU